UUGUCUCUCCAGCAAGUCCACUACAUUGUCCGCCACGGCGAGCGCACACCCGUCCGUGCCCGCCUCGCUCAAUCCAAUCCGCCGAUACCGACGCGCUGGAAUUUGUGCCAUGAGGCCAACAGGUUCCGGGCCGCCGUGCUGCGCAAUCAAGAUGGAGAUGCAAUCUCUGCGACCACAAGGGCUGUCGAGGUGAUGGACGAGCGCGGACGCCCAAAGGAUGUACACAAUGGUGACUGCCUCUACGGCGAGCUGACUGACUUGGGACGCAGCUCCACCUUUGCCGUUGGCCAGCGUUUACGAAAGCUGUACGCCGACCAGCUCGGCUUCCUCCCCGAUCUGAAUAAGCUAUCUGCAGAGGACACGGACAGUUUCUACUUUCGGAGCACCAACAUGCCUAGGACCGUCGAGAGCCUGCAGCAGAUCGUCGCCGGCUUGCUGUCUCGCCCUGACCGGGACCCCUCCGCCGCGCCGCCCGCGAGCGGCGAUCUCGCUGAGAGUCCAAAGGGGGGAUUUGCGCCUCAGCUGUUGGUGAGAGACAUGUCUGUCGAAGAUCUGCUGCCAAACACGGUCGCGUGCGGCACCCUACGGCACCUGGACCAGUUCUUCUCAUCAUACGCUGCGCGGCUGUGGAACCCACACUUGGCGAAGUAUGACUCGGUUAUAGCACCGCACAAUGACGGGCACGCCGUGCGCGUCGACUCGCACCCGCGCCUCAAUGGCAUUCUCGACACAGUCAACGCGGCCGUCGCGCACGGUAUUACCGUCCCUGCGUGCUUUCGUGACAGUGCGCAUGCGCCCACGUCGCUGCUGCGCGAAAUGGAGCGCGCCGUCGUCGCCGAAUGGUUUAUCGCCUACUUGGCACCGGACCCGCAUAAGCGUGCCAAAUUCCGCCGCCUCGCCAUGGGCCCCUUCCUCAACAGCGUCGCGGACCGGCUCGAGGCCAAGGCGGAUAGUGGCGUCAGUCAGGGGGGGAAACAGGGAGAGAAGUUAAAGCUGGGCCUUUACGCCGCGCACGACACAUCGCUCGCAGGCAUGCUCUGCACGCUUGACGCGUUCCGCGACCGCUGGCCCGCCUUCACGGCCAGCCUGGGCAUUGAACUAUUUAAGGAUGAACGGCCACACGUCCAUCAACAUCGCUUUGCGCGGUGGGGAUCCAUGUUGGGGCUGGGCACACCCGCGCGUGCGCCACACUAUGUCAGAUUACGAUUUGGUGACGAAACUCUGCGCCUACCCGGCUGCGCAGCACCCGGCAAGCACCUCGCCUCGCUCGCGGCUGGCUCCCCUUCUACAUCUUCAUCACAAGGGCAAGGGCAUCCGGAAUUCUGCACGCUCGAGGCAUUCCUGGAGCUUACGCGUGCACUACGACAUCCCGACGGGCUGUCAUAUUCGCAAGAGUGU